UAAGUAUAUAUAUAUAUGCACAUAUAGAGAAGAGUGUAUGUAUGUAUAUAUAGAAGAAUACAAUUAAACAAUUGGCGUGUGAUUACGAUGAGCGAGAAGGCCGAUCAAAAAUGGAUCUGUGAUUAUUGCACGUACGAAAACUUCCCGUGCGCUAUAAAAUGCACGAUGUGCCGGGGCCCGAGGCCUUUCAAGAGCGAGGACAUCUUCGGUUUGUACGAUGGAGGAGGAAGCAACGAGAUCAGCAGCACUGCAACCAGCUCGUGCGAGAACAAACCUACGAACAAGUGGUCAUGUGAAGCCUGCACCUAUCUGAAUGCUCUUAAGGAGAAGACGUGCUCGCAGUGCGGUAAGAGCAGACACACCAAUGCGAAUAAUCUGCAUGAGCACAUCCAACCACUGAAGAUCACGCAGCACUCGGAUCUGGCGCAGAGCUUGUCCAGAUCGAGGAACAACAGUCCUCCGGCGAGCGUCACCAAUCUGGAAAACAGUCGCAGGACGAAGGAGAUCAAGUGGACUUGCUUUAUAUGUACUUACGAAAACUGGCCGAAAUCUACGAAAUGUGCAAUGUGCGGAAGUCUACCAAAUAACAGUCUCCGUUCACAAGCGUCUAGUCUAAUUAUGCCUUCACCAGAUAGAGAUAUCGAUGCGUGUUUUAAAGAAGACAGGAUUAGAGGAACAUCAAAUAACAUGAUAGAAUCUACGAUGUCACAAAGUCCGAACAAUUGCGAAUACGAACGUAAACUGCGUCACCUGAAGCGACAGGCCGACUGGAGUUGGUUGAACGCGUGUCUAGGAGUCAUCGACGGUGAUCCAAACCCUGUAGAAGCGUACCUGUCAUCAGGAGGUGAUCCCACGAGGACUCUGACCGCCUCCGAAGUGGCAAUCCUCAAUAGAUCAUCCGCCUUCGACGUUGGCCACACCCUUGUGCAUCUGGCCAUACGGUUCCAGAAGGAAGAUCUUUUGGCGAUACUGCUUUCUCAGAUCGAGGGUUCGGGCAGCGGAGUUAAGCGGGUUCCCAGCUACGUGGCACCCGAUCUAGCAGCCGACAUCCGAAGACACUUCACCUCGACCAUCCGACAACGGAAGGGCCAUUUCCCAUGCAAUUACGUGACCGAGCUGCCGACGUUCGCGUUACCCGCCGAGGUGGACGAGCUGCCGGGUCCCGUCCAGGAGCAGCUCUUCACCGAGCUGCUGGAUAAGGACGCGCAGGAGCAGCUGGAAACCGAUCCGGCUGUGAUUAACUGGUCUUUGGAGUUGACUGUCCGUCUGGGUUCCAGGUUGUACGCGCUUUGGAACCGUUCGGCCGGUGAUUGUUUAUUAGAUUCUGUGAUGCAAGCUACGUGGGGCGUUUUCGAUAGAGACAACACAUUACGCAGGGCUUUGGCCGAGAGCUUGAGCCAAAGCGGAAGAGUGUUUUAUCCACGCUGGAAGGAGUACGAAGCGAGCCACGCCUCUUUUCUUCAGUAUUCUCUGGAGGAGGGACAGUGGGAGGAAGAUUGGAGCAGUUUAUUAUCCCUGGCUAGUCAGCCGGGCAACAGUCUCGAGCAGCUGCAUGUUUUCGCCUUAGCACACAUCCUUCGAAGACCCAUCAUCAUCUACGGCGUCAAAUACGUAAAGAGCUUUCGCGGCGAAGCUUUAGGAUAUGCUCGAUUUGAAGGCGUUUAUUUACCUCUGCUGUGGGAGCAAAGCUUUUGCAUACGUACACCCAUCGCCCUUGGCUACACGCGUGGACAUUUUUCCGCGCUGGUACCUUUAGAGCCCUACAGUCGUCUGGAUACACGCCCCUCGACUCAACAGACUGACCAAUUGCAGAGCACCUUUCUACCGCUCAUGGACAGGGACAGAAAAAUCCUACCCAUCCAUUUCUUGACGGAAGCAGAGUUGGGCCGCGAGGAGACGAUUCUGCGGCAAUGGUUGGAUGUCUGCGAGACGGAAGGAGGUAUCCUGGUGGCACAGCAGCUGCUACACAAGAGGCCUUUGCUUGUUGCUCAAAUGGUUGAAGAAUGGCUAAACCAUUAUCGAAGAUUAGCGCAGAUGACAUCGGCGCCCUUCGUGCGGCCCAUUCCAAUUCAAGACUAUUCCAGCGAGGGCGACACCGACGAGGAAUAACGAAAGCUGAACCUCGUACCAUCUCGUCGUUCAGCACGGUAGCCAAAUGCAGCCUCUUCUUGUAACUACUCUCCGCAGCUCUCCUCCACGUAUUAUUUUUAACAUUACUACUACUAUUAUUAAUAUUAUUUCUCUCCACUAUAUCCCCCAAUUAUUAUUUUUUUUUUAUCUCAACGGAAUAUUAUUUUCCCUCUAUUUCACACAUCUUUAUCUCUAUCUCUCCACAGUAGGAAAAAGAAAGUUAACAACACUUUGAAAGCUAAUCGAUUACGCGUAUACAUUAUAUAUAUAUACACUUAACAAAAUCGUCAAUCGUCGACUUUUAGUGGUAAUUUUUAUUGAUUGUUGUAUCGUAUUAUAUAUAUAAUUUUUUUUCUUAUUCUUAAUUUUUCCCCUCUUGCAGCAAAGUACAUAGUCAUAGGGGGGAGUGGGUCAGGGAUUGGUAUUAAUUGAUGAUUCAAGCGAAGCUUCUUAAGUUACUGCAAACAAAAAUAAUUCAUUUUUUUCUUUUCUUUUUCGAAACACGUUAAGUUUUCCUUGGUUGACGACGUACUGCUUAGUACGGUUUGGGUAGUAGUGAAACGUGCUAAACGGGAUCAUAGAGAAGUUGUCGAGUGAACUGUAACACAAGAAAAGA